AUGUCACAUACUUUUUAUUUCAAGAUUACAAAUAAUACUGCUGCUCAGGACUUACUUUCAAUCGGUUCAGCACUUAAAAGAUGGCAAAUAUACGACAAGGAAACUUCAUUGUCUUUUCUCUACUCCGAGAUUGAAGAAUGUUGGUUAAUACGGGUGAACAGCGGUUGUUGCAAGAUAAAUAACCAUACAGUCCAUUCCACUUCAGAAAAUGCCAUCGUUGUGGAGAGAAGCGUCGAUGUUGUUUUAAACGGUAACUCUUUUACAUUUCACAAUCAAAGAAACGCAAAAGGAAUCUCAAAGAUACUUGUACAUAGCUUAUUAAAGAGAAAGAAUUUAAAACUUAAAACAGAAAACGUACUGCAAAUAAUUCACGAUAACUGUGAAUAUUACCAAGAUUUCUACUUUGUCUUGGAUGCAAUUAGAAAGAAUAGAAUGUUUAAGUAUCGUUGUGGGGAAAUAACCUUGGAUAUUGAACGUCUUUACACCGAUCUGGCUAUGAAUCGCUCACCCAUCAUGGAAUCUUUGAAAUAUGAAAUAGACUAUGGGUUUUCAAAGGAUAAGCUUAAGUCUUUCAAUAUUUCAAGAAUCUGGAAUGGUUUAGAGUUUAAUAAGAUAGACACGAUUAGAAAGAAUCACACUGUAAAAUGGCCUUCUCAUAGAUAUUUACUCUAUCUGCUUGGAUCCUGUUCUGAUUCUGAGAGUCUUAGUCCUAGCAAGGAGUUUCUACCCAGUCCACGAUCGUCCUGUCGUUACAUAAAUUCAUAUCAGAUAAAAGGGACACCAGAAAUCAAUGAUAGUAAAUUUAGGGGGCAAUAUUCAAUUCAAGAUAAUGAAUUUGGGUCGAUUAGGGGAAAUGCUAUUGAGAAUUCAUACGACGAGACUUCAUCCCAUCACAGUCUGAAUUACGAUUUUACAAGCUUUGAAAAUAGCUACGAUGAGAAUGAAUUAAGCAUAAUGGAAAAAAGAAAACAGGUGAAUGAUGUUGAAAAGAGACACAAAUAUCGUUUUAAACUCAAUCUACAGCCCGUUGUUGAAAACAUAAACACUUUCAGUGAUUCAUCAGAGCACUCAACCAUUACUCAUAUUAGCGAUUUGACUCCAGAAACAAAGUAUCAACUUAGAGAUCUGUCACGUGGAAGUGCGUCUUGCAUUGAGGAUGGUUUUUUGUGUGAGAAAAAUACAACAGCUUAUUCGUAUGUUCCUACCGUUAAAGAGAGGAAGGGACACAAGCACAGUAGCGUUUCAAGAUAUAACAACUUCCAUAAAACAAGAAAGUUUUAG